AUGAUUGAAAACAGAUCGUAUCUAAAAAAACCAUUCUCUCCCCUCAAUUCUCGGGAGAAAUUGGCGGUUAUAGGGGAAGAAUCCAGCGCGGGUGAAAAAGGUGUGAGUGAAAAGAGUGACCUGCCCCUCCACUACCGUGGUGCCCCCUUUCACCGUAUAGUGAAGGACUUCAUGAUACAAGGUGGAGACUUCACCAAAGGUGAUGGUACAGGGGGCGAGUCAAUAUAUGGAGGGCAGUUCCCAGAUGAGAACUUUAUAGAGAAACAUGGUAGGGAGUUUUUGCUAUCUAUGGCAAACAGGGGUAAGGAUACUAAUGGAUCACAGUUUUUCAUAACUACAAAGCCAGCUCCACAUUUAGAUGGUAAACAUGCAGUAUUUGGUCAGGUGGUGAGUGGCCAGGAGUUGGUCAAACAGAUCGAGAACCUGGACACAGACAAGAAAAAUCGUCCCUUGCAACCUGUCACAAUAGCUAACAGUGGGGAGCUAGUGCUGCAGCUAAAAGCAAAAGGCAAAAAGAAGAAAAAUGUUGAAGAGUCGGAAAAGGAAUCAGAUUCUGCUGAGUCAAGUUCAGAAUCAGACUCUAGUGGUUCUGAACAAGAAAAGAAGAAAAAGAAAAAGAAGAAAAAAGAAAAGAAAAAGGCAAAGAAGAAGAAAAAGAAAAAGAAGAAGGCUAAACAGUCGAGCUCUGAAGAUGAGGGUGAGAUAAAGAAAGAGGAGGAAUCUAGUACAGUGUAUGGAAAUAUUCGUCCUGAAGAAAUACCUGAUGUUCCUACGAACAAGUUCCUUUCUAGAGACAGGCAGGAUAUGGAUGAACCAGGUAAGGAACCUUCAAGACAAGCUGCUUCCAGGUCAAGGAUACGAUACACAUCGAGUGGAGGUAAAAUAAAAGGAAGAGGCACUAUUCGUUUUCACAGAAGUUGGAGCCGUGAAAGAAGUGCAACCCCACCUCAUUGGCGUAAAGAACAACAGCGUAUUAAACCAAAGGUUCAAGAUGAGAGAGAGACUCAGGGUCGCUGGACUCGAGGAGAGCGUAUGGAGCGUGACCAAACAGACCGUAGAGGGGAACGAAUGGAGAGAUCUCAGCAGGACCGUAGAGGGGAACGAAUAGAGAGAGACCAAGUAGACCGUAGAGGGGAACGAUUUGAGCGGGUCCAGCCCGAGCGUAGAUUCAGGGAGGAGAGAAGAGACAGAGUGGAGAUGAGAGAGAGGUUAGGGAAGAGGGAAAGAGAAGGGAGAGUUCAAUCUGACCUUAAAGAGCGGUUCCAGAGAGGUCGACAGAGGAGUGACAGUGAGAGUGAAGAUGAGGAAGACAGGAGAAAAGAAAAGAAGAGACAGAAGAAAGAUAAAAAGAGUAAGAGGUCUAGAAGAGGCAGUAGCGCUGAAAGUUCUGAUGUGGACGUUUCACAAAGAAAUGGCGUUGAUGUUGGUCAGGCUAACAAUCGUGAAUCAGAAAAGAUUGAUCUGAGAGAUAGGAUCCGGAAACGACAGUCUGAGGAGGAAAGGUUGCCGAGCAGACGUCGCCAAGAAACAGAUUCUUCUUCCGAGGAAGGUGAAAUACAUGAUCAGCAGAGUGGUGCGAAACGAGAUGUUGAUGAGAACGAUUCUGAAUCGGAGACAGAGAAGUUACGUAGAGAAGCGCUAGCAUCACGAUCUAAAAGACAGAUGCAGAUGAGGAAAGAGUCUCCACCUCGUAAAACUCAGCAGGCUCGACGGUCUGAGUCAUCUGAAUCAGAAUCUGAAGAGGAAGCUCCCAAAAGAAAGAAACAUGCAAGAUCUAGUUCAUCUGAAAGUGAACCAAGACGUAAAAUCACUGUAUCAAGUAAACGUGAUGAAAUUAAAAAGGCAGAUUCGAAAAAAGCACCUGUAGUGAAGCAGAGGCGCCGGCAGUCGCAUUCGUCUUCGUCGUCACCUGAACUGCCUCAGCGGAGUAAAGGUAAAAGGUCAAAAUCUCCAGGUAGACGUAGAAGAUCAUCUUCUGUUUCUCCAGUAAGGGCAAAACGAGCUUGGUCAAAGUCACCAGUGAGAAAACGUCAUUCACCUUCACCUGUCAGGUCAAAGAAAUCACCUUCAAGGUCACCUGUGAGGUUAAAGAGAUCAAGGUCACCUGCUAGGAAACCAACCAGAAAAUCAAGAUCAAGCUCCAGGGAAGGAAGACGUAAAAGAUCAUCAAGUAGUUCUAGAAGUAGGUCAAGGUCCAGAGAUAUCAAACCUAGGAGAAUAAGAGACCAACCAUCUGCAAAGUAUGGCUUUAAACGUAGAUCUUCAAGUCAUUCCUCACGGUCAAGAUCAAGGGAUCGGUACAGGUCAAGGUCAACUUCUCGGGAUAGAAGGCGGCGUAAUGAGCCACGUAGAGAUAGAGGAAUUGACAGGAAAAAGCUGGAAGAAGCUGCAAGAAUGGCUCGUAUUAAGUCUGAAAGUCCUCCACCAACUCACUGGAAACCUGGACAGAAACCUUGGAAACCAAAAGGUCCAGAGGCUGACCAACAAAAACAUGAUAAGACAGUUAUCCCCCCUGUUGCUCCCUAUGUAGGUGGUAGUAUUACUGGCCCAUCAGGAGACAUGGACGUCCAUCAGAUGUUAAGGUCACCUGUUUCUGAGGUCAAAGAUCUAGUCGCGGGUUCUCCUCCAAAACAGGAAAAUAAAUCUGAUGUACUUCCUGUGAAGAUACAGUAUCACCUUGAUGACCCUAACGUCACGGCUCGACCAAUCAAAGUCACUGAAAAAAGGAAACCAAAGAGGUCAAGGUCAUUGAGCAGUGAGAGUUCAAAGUCAAGUUCAGUUUCUUCAAGGUCACGAUCAAGGUCACUGGAUAACAGUGAUUCAGAAACUGAAGAACAAAGAAAAGAGAAAGAGAAGAAAAAAGUUGAGGAGCGUAUAAAGUGGCAACCACCUCCAGAUCCUGAUGAUAUUGACAAAGAUGACCACAGUCCCGUUUCACCUACAAAAAUAAGCGUGGCUGUUGAUAUGGAUGAAGCAAGCAGAUCAUCACUGAAAACACCACCGUUACCAAAGAUUGCAGAAGUUGCUGAAGCUGCUUCAGAAUUAGCAAGGAAAAAACGAGGUAGGUGGGACAGUGCAGAGCCUCUAAAAAAGACAGAUGCUAAACCUGAACCGCCUGUCGCUGAGGUGGACAGGUAUAAUCCAGACUCGCCAACAAGGCCGGAUGAAGGGUCUACCAGACUGCCCCCAAUGCCCUCGGAACCAGAGCCUGCCCCACCACCUCCCCCGCCACUUCCUAAAGAAUCUCUGCCACCACCUCCACCCCACGAUGAGGAACCUACAAUAGGAGGAAAAGAAACACACUCUCAGCAGUCUAGAGAUGUUCCAAAAUCUGUGCCAUCUGUGGGAGACAAAGCCAUUUCAUCAGUAUUUGAGACCAGUGGGCCAACCAAAGGUCAAAUUGGAGUUGUGAAGCCAAUGUCAAUGUCAAUAUUGCCGAAAGUAAUUAAUGCAGAUAUUCCAAUGCCUGUUGAUCAAAAGCCAGCGGAAGACGAAGCUUCAAAAGAAAAGCAAACAAAGGAAACUAAAAAUGAAUCUGGACCGUCGACUUCCAAAGAGUCGAAAGAGAAAGAAAGAAAAAGUUCUAAGGCCUCAAGGCAAAGGUCAAGGUCAAGGUCAAAAUCUAGAGACGGAAGUACUUCAACACGAAAGAGGUCACCUGUACCAAGAAGAAGGAGAAGCUCUCCUUCACCAAAAAGAACAAGAAAGAGGUCACCUUCACCCUCGCCAAAGAAAAGCAGGCGUUCCAGGUCACCCAGAAGAAGGAGGUCAGUGUCCUCCAGGUCAACAAGAAGGAGUUCAAGGUCUCCUAAAAGGUCAAGAAAAAGGUCAUCAUCAGAUUCUGUGUCUCCAAGGAGAUACUCUCCUAUUCCACCAAGAAGGCGAUCCAGGUCACCAAGACGUAGGAGGUCAAGGACUCCAAGACGUAGGUCACGGACACCUCGUAGAUCAAGGUCACCACGCAGAAGAUACAGCAGAUCUAGAUCAAGAAGUCGUGGAAGGCAUGCAAAGAAAAGAAGUCGAUCACCAGUAAAACGUAAAAGAAGGUAAAUAAUAAAACCAUUAAUAUUGUGAUGGUCUCGUAUUCUUUUUUUCAU